CCCCUUACUUCCAGUGCGGUGCGGCUGGCGGAGGCCCCGGCGGGGACUGCGAGCGCACGCAAGGCGGCUGUGACAGGAGCUGCCGCGGGAGCCGAGGGCGUGUGUGAGGCGGGGGCCGCAGAGCGAGGAGCCGGGCCCGGGCCCUGCUCCCCUCCCCGGGCAGCCGGCCGCUGGAGCAGCAGCCAUGGCCGCGGGCUGGUGAGGGCGGCCGGGCGCGAUGUUCGUGCAGGAGGAGAAGAUCUUCGCCGGGCGGGUGCUGCGGCUCCAUGUCUGCUCCAUGGAGGGCGCGGAGUGGCUGGAGGAGGUGCCCGAGGACACGACGGUGGAGAAGCUCAAGGAGCGGUGCUUGAAGCACUGUGUACCUGGGAGCUUAGAGGAUCCAAAAAGCAUAACGCAUCAUAAAUUGAUCCAUGCUACUUCAGAGAAGGUGCUGACAGAUACAAAAACAGUCUUGGAGGAAAAUAUUCAAGAUAAAGAUGUCUUGUUAUUGGUAAAGAAGCGAGCUCCCCCUCCGCCUCCCAAAAUGGCAGAAGUCUCAGCAGAGGAAAAAAGGAAGCAGGAACAGAAAGCUCCCGAUAAGGAUGCUAUUCUCAAAGCAACAGCAAAUCUGCCCUCUCGCAACGUAGAUCGCACUGUGGCCCACCACAACAUGAGGGAUAAACCGGAGUCCCCAGGCCUCAAAGGAACUCCACAGCAUCUGACCAGAGGCCCACUGACUUCUGUCUGCCCACACAAAGCUCCUUACAGGGCUGGGACCCUGUUUCCAUUCCAGACAGAGCUCCGGAAGAUCUUAGUUUCACUUAUAGAAGUUGCACAGAAAUUGCUAGCACUGAACCCAGAUGCAGUUGAACUAUUUAAGAAGGCAAAUGCCAUGUUGGAUGAGGAUGAGGAAGACAGAGUGGAUGAAAUAGCCCUGCGCCAGCUUACAGAAAUGGGGUUUCCAGAGAGCCGAGCUGUCAAAGCCCUUCGGUUAAACCAUAUGUCAGUGACGCAGGCCAUGGAGUGGUUGAUAGAACACGCAGAUGACCCCACGGUUGAUGCACCGCUUCCAGGUCAGACCUCAUUAGAAGCUGCCUCUGAAGUGGGUGCUUCCUCUGCUGGAGCAAUUGCUGGUCCUAGUUUGGAAGCUGGUGGGGAAGAGCCCAAGGAUGAGCUGACGGAAAUAUUCAAGAAGAUCCGCAGGAAAAGAGAAUUUCGUCCUGACCCACGAGCUGUCAUUGCCUUGAUGGAGAUGGGCUUUGAUGAAAAAGAAGUGAUAGAUGCACUCAGAGUAAACAACAACCAGCAAAACGGAGCUUGUGAAUGGCUGCUGGGAGACAGAAAGCCAUCUCCAGAGGAUUUAGAUAAGGGAAUUGACACCACUAGCCCUCUCUUUCAAGCCAUCCUAGAAAACCCAGUGGUACAGUUAGGGCUAACGAACCCUAAAACGCUGUUAGCCUUUGAAGAUAUGCUUGAAAACCCCUUAAACAGCACUCAGUGGAUGAACGAUCCAGAGACGGGACCUGUCAUGCUACAGAUCUCUCGAAUCUUCCAGACGCUGAACCGCACGUAGAGGGGAAUGCCGAUCCACUGUGCCACUUCUUGCUGUCUCUAGCUUCAUGUUUCCUGAACAAGAGGGAACAUAGAUUUUUUUUUGGGGGGGGGGGAAGUGAAGGGGGGUCUGAGGGAAGAAGGUAGCGGAGGAAGCAAAAUAUCUUUUUGUUGUUUGGAUAGGCACCUCUCAAAUAAGAGUGUGUGUAGUUAUGGCCAUCCUGAAGUUAAUAGCCUUGUGGAUUUAGUGUUAGUGGAAGAGGUUUGAAGACUUGUUCUGGGUUGUUGUUUUUUUUUUUUU